CAAUUCGUUUCGAAGUAAAGACAACGCAUGGUGGCGCUGCAGGCUAAGGCUUCAAAAAAAAGGAAACGAAGCCCAUGAAAUGCUACGAGCUACUUCAGACCUCUUUCAGCCUAAGGGGAAAGUCCGUUAGCAGAGCACGGACCAGUGUCUCCGGAGAAUGCUAUUCUCCUACAUUUCCGGACAGGUUAUCAACGGGCAGAUCGAUCACUGCCUCUGUCCCAUCGCUCCCUGAAGUAACACUGACUCCGAUUCCUUGAAAAGGGGGUGUGCAGAAGUAAAGAUGGAGCCUACAGGGGAGCGCUUUCCUGAACAAAGGCAAGUCCUGAUUCUCCUUCUUUUACUGGAAGUGGCUCUGGCAGGCUGGGAACCCCGUCGCUAUUCUGUGAUGGAGGAAACAGAGAGAGGUUCUUUUGUGGCUAACCUGGCCAAUGACCUAGGGCUGGGAGUGGGGGAGCUAGCCGAGCGGGGAGCCCGGGUAGUUUCUGAGGAUAACGAACAAGGCUUGCAGCUUGAUCUGCAGACCGGGCAGUUGAUAUUAAAUGAGAAGCUGGACCGGGAGAAGCUGUGUGGCCCCACCGAGCCCUGUAUAAUGCAUUUCCAAGUGUUACUGAAAAAUCCUUUGGAAGUAUUUCGAGCUGAACUACUAGUGAGAGACAUAAAUGAUCAUUCUCCUGAGUUUCCUGAAAGAGAAAUGACGCUGAAAAUCCCAGAAAUUAGCUCCCUUGGGACUGUGUUUCCUCUGAAAAAAGCUCGGGACUUGGACGUGGGCAGCAACAACGUUCAAAACUACAAUAUUUCUCCCAAUUCUCAUUUCCAUGUUUCCACUCGCACCCAAGGGGAUGGCAGGAAAUAUCCAGAGCUGGUGCUGGACACAGAACUGGAUCGCGAGGAGCAGGCCGAGCUCAGAUUAACCUUGACAGCGGUGGACGGUGGCUCUCCACCCCGAUCUGGCACUGUCCAGAUCCUCAUCUUGGUCUUGGACGUCAAUGACAAUGCCCCGGAGUUUGCGCAGGCGCUCUACGAGGUGCAGGUCCCAGAGAACAGCCCAAUAGGCUCCCUAGUUGUCAAGGUCUCUGCUAGGGAUUUAGACACUGGGACAAAUGGAGAGAUAUCAUACUCCGUUUCUUACAGCUCUCAGGAGAUAAACAAACCUUUUGAGCUAAGCAGCCUUUCAGGAGAAAUUCGACUAAUUAAAAAAUUAGAUUUUGAGACAAUGUCCUCAUAUGAUCUAGAUAUAGAGGCAUCUGAUGGUGGGGGACUUUCUGGAAAAUGCUCUGUCUCUGUUAAGGUGCUAGAUGUUAACGAUAACUUCCCGGAACUCAGUAUUUCAUCACUUACCAGCCCUAUUCCCGAGAAUUCUCCAGAGACAGAAGUGGCCCUGUUUAGGAUUCGAGACCGAGACUCUGGGGAAAAUGGAAAAAUGAUUUGCUCAAUUCAGGAUGGUGUUCCUUUUAAGCUAAAACCUUCUGUUGAGAAUUUCUACAGGCUGGUAACAGAAGGGGCGCUGGACAGAGAGACCAGAGCCCAGUACAACAUCACCAUCACCAUCACAGACUUGGGGACCCCAAGGCUGAAAACCGAGCACAACAUAACCGUGCUGGUCUCCGACGUCAAUGACAACGCCCCCGCCUUCACCCAAACCUCCUACACCCUGUUCGUCCGCGAGAACAAUAGCCCCGCCCUGCACAUCGGCAGUGUCAGCGCCACAGACAGAGACUCAGGCACCAACGCCCAGUUCACCUACUCGCUGCUGCCGCCCCAGGACCCGCACCUGCCCCUCGCCUCCCUAGUCUCCAUCAACACAGACAACGGCCACCUGUUCGCCCUCCGAUCGCUGGACUACGAGGCCCUGCAGGAGUUCGAGUUCCGCGUGGGCGCCACAGACCGCGGCUCCCCGGCGCUGAGCAGCGAGGCGCUGGUGCGCGUGCUGGUGCUGGACGCCAACGACAACUCGCCCUUCGUGCUGUACCCGCUGCAGAACGGCUCCGCGCCCUGCACAGAGCUGGUGCCCCGGGCGGCCGAGCCGGGCUACCUGGUGACCAAGGUGGUGGCGGUGGACGGCGACUCGGGCCAGAACGCCUGGCUGUCGUACCAGCUGCUCAAGGCCACGGAGCCCGGGCUGUUCGGUGUGUGGGCGCACAAUGGCGAGGUGCGCACCGCCAGGCUACUGAGCGAGCGCGACGCGGCCAAGCACAGGCUGGUGGUGCUGGUCAAGGACAAUGGCGAGCCUCCGCGCUCGGCCACCACCACGCUGCACGUGCUCCUGGUGGACGGCUUCUCCCAGCCCUACCUGCCUCUCCCUGAGGCGGCCCCGGCCCAGGCCCAGGCCGACUCGCUUACAGUCUACCUGGUGGUGGCGUUGGCCUCGGUGUCGUCGCUGUUCCUCUUGUCGGUGCUCCUGUUCGUGGCGGUGCGGCUGUGCAGGAGGAGCAGGGCGGCCUCGGUGGGUCGCUGCUCUGUGCCCGAGGGCCCCUUUCCAGGGCAUCUGGUGGACGUGAGCGGCACCGGGACCCUAUCCCAGAGUUAUCAGUACGAGGUGUGUCUGACUGGAGGCUCUGAAAGUAAUGAUUUCAAGUUCUUGAAGCCUAUAUUACCCAAUAUUCUGAGCCAGGACUCUAAGAGGAAAUCAGAAUAUCUAGAAUAGUGUAGGUAUCUGAAGCUUUCCUAUCGUCUGCUAAUUUUGUCUUCCUCACUUUUCACCUUAGUUUUUUUAACCCUUUAGUAAUCUUUAAUUCUACUUUUUAAAAAAUUUCUGCUAUUGUCUUUAGUAAUGUUACUUAUUUCCUUGGCCUGGUUGUUAAUUAGUUUUCAAAUUAUUGUAUUAUUAUAAAUAUUUUAUAACAGGAAAUUUCACAUUUCUGAAUAAAUUAAUAGUAUUCCCAUAUCCCGAAGGGUAAUAUGAAAGUUAACCCCACCUAAUAAACAUAACUCUAAUUUUGAAAGUACCUGUCACACUAUAUGACACUACAUAAGAAUAUGAUUUUUGAAGUCAUAUUUUAAAGUUUUUUUUAUAGUUUUUCUUAUUUACACAGCUCUGAUUUUUUGAUAAAAGCUCGGGGUGUAAUCAUUUCAUAUUUAUCCACGUGUAAUUUAUUCCAAGCUUCAUAUUUGGAGUUUUGUUUUUUCCAAUUGGGAGCAACAUGGAUAAUUUUAAGCUACUGUUUUCAAGAUCACACUUAUAAGCGUUAGACUUUCAUUCUAAAACACGUCAUCUCAUAAAAAUAUGUCUGCAUAAUGUAUUCUUUCUCAUGUAAAUUAACAUAGAAAAGACUGAUGGGUUCUUUCUUAUCUCUAUCUAACGUUAUGAUCCUAUGGGGGGCUGGACAGGCUUUCUAAUACCCACAUUUCCUGUGUUUAAGGUGUUCCUAUAAGGCCAAUAGACACUAGGACCAACUAAUUCAUGUCCUGCAAUUUCCUCUUACCACAGCAGGAAAAUCUUAAUUGAGUCCCAAAUUCUGGGCUUAGAGGAGCUUCCGAUGGUACAGAAUGCCAGCAUCUACUUGUCUUUGGAUGGUGACAUUAUUCUGAUUCAUAAGGAAUUUGAAAGAAAUUACAUUGUAGAACUAAUAUUAGUUAACCAAACAAAAUUUAUUAAAGGAUAUGUUGGUGAAGGAGUUAAAUUAUUUGAGGAAAAACAUCUGCUCUCUUGUCAGGACCUUUCUGUCUCCAGGAGCUUCUCAACUUUGCAAAUACUCUAGAAUCAUAUUGCAUGCAAAAUAAUGACUACCAAGAUGUUCCUGCCCUAAUCCCCAGAACCUAUGAAUAUGUUAUAUUGCAAAGAAAUUAAGCUUCAAAUGGAAUUAAGGUUGCCAAUCAGCUAAACUUAAAAGAGGGAGACUCUCCUAGAUAAUCUGGGUGGGUCUAUUUCAAUCAGUGGAAAGGCCAUAAAAGCAGAGUUGAGUCUUCCCUGAGAUGAAAAAGAAAUUUCAUUUAAGGACAGCAGCUUCAGCUUAUGUCCCAGAGUUCCAACCUGCCCCUCCUAACUGCCUGCUGUACAGAUUUUGGACUUGUCUAGGCACCUUUCACAACUGAAUAAGUCACUUCCUUGCAAUAAAUUGAUUACCAUA